CGACAAAACACAAUAAGAACUCGAUCAGAGCUCGCCAUUACAGGCUGCUGAUGCGUUCUCGCUCAAAGUAGCUCUUUCUGCGAUACGCACCAAAGCUUGUCAAUUCUUUUUAGCCCGACUCUUCACCUUCCCUGUCAUGAUUACAGCCCUGUCCUGAGCAAUCCAUCUCCAGACGAAGUCGUGUAGCGAUGGCUUUUUACGAUGAUCCGUCCGGCGACUCCCAGCCUUACGGAAGGAAACCAUACGAGGGUGGAAUUGUGGGCCCCCGACGUCCGAGACUGGUUACUGAUUACGGCUCAUCGCUCGUACAAUGGAUGCGCACACGACAACCACGAUACAAAGGAGGUCAUCGGAUGGAGACAGAGAGACCAAGCGCAAGCUAUGUAGUCGAUAUGCUUCCGCCGUUGGCGCGAAUCCAUUCUCCUGCAGAUACGAUACCAGUGCGGCAUCUACACCAGUCGAUCGGUAAAUCGAAGAAACCUAUCACAGUUGUGAGAUGGACGCCCGAAGGAAGACGGUUGUUGACAGGAGGACAUACUGGCGAAUUUAUGCUAUGGAACGGAACGGCUUUCAACUUUGAGACCGUCAUGGACGCACAUUAUGAUCAGGUACAAGCAGGAGUAACUUCGAUAGCGUGGUCGCAUAGCCAUGACUGGCUGAUUUCAGGAGGACAAAAGGGCGACAUCAAAUACUGGCGACCGAAUUUCAACAAUGUGGAGACGAUCGAUGAUGCACAUCACGAUGCCGUACGAGAUUUAGCAUGGUCACCGAGCGACACCAAAUUUCUGUCCGCGUCUGAUGAUACGACCCUAAAGAUCUUCGACUUCACCUCACGAACUGCCGACACCGUUCUCACAGGUCAUAACUGGGACGUCAAAUCGUGCGAUUGGCACCCGACAAAAGGCCUUCUGGUGUCCGGAUCGAAAGACCACCAGGUUAAGUUUUGGGAUCCUCGUACCGCUAGGUGCUUGACGACCCUCCACAGUCAUAAGAAUACCGUCACGACUACCCGAUUCUCGCGAGUAAACAGCAACCUUCUCGCUACAUCAUCGCGUGAUCAGACUGCGAGAGUAUUUGAUCUACGUAUGAUGCGGGAUAUCUGCAUUCUCCGGGGGCAUGAGAAGCCUAUUUCAUCUCUUACAUGGCAUCCUAUUCACAGUUCCCUCAUUUCCACAGGGAGCGAGGAUGGAUCAUUAUACCACUAUUUACUUGAUGAACCCAACCUUCCAUCAGGACAGGUUCCUACAAUUGCCCCGUACGACAGUCCUGAUCCUGCGAAUACCCCAGCACAGGUCAUCUACCCUGCCCAUCGGAUCCAAUAUGCCCAUGGUGCGACAAUCUGGUCACUCGACUGGCAUCCUCUGGGUCAUAUCUUGGCGUCGGGCUCGAAAGACAAUUUCACGCGCUUCUGGUCUCGAGCAAGACCAGGGGAGACUAGUUACAUGAAAGAUAGAUUUCACAUCGGCGAGGAGGCUGCCGAAGCCCAAGGAACAUGGAGUCGUGGGUUUGGAAGGCGACAGAUGCGUGAAGAAGAAGAGCAAGAGGCACAAGAUGAGGCUGAAAGCUUGGUUGACCAGAAGAAUACUACCGGCCAGACUCUCCCCGGGAUCCAGAUUGCUCCCCCCGGUCUUGGUUCUCUGCAGGCAGGAUCUGGCUCAUUGUUACCAGGUAUUGGUGCUCCACAAUCAGCACCGCAAGUUGGCAUGCCUGCAUCCAUGCCUCAAAUGGACCCUGGCCGCCUGGCAGCGAUUUUGUCUCAGCAAAACCCCUCUCAGGCAUACAACUUUCCUCCGACCACAGGCAUUCCUGGAUUCCCCAUGCCCCCUGCUAUGUCAGGUACUCCGCCGUUGAAUGUUGACCUUGCGGAGCUACAAAAGCAGCUCCUUUCCCAGGGCAUUUCUCCUCAAAAUUUUGCCUCUUUGGCUGCAUCUCUAAAUUCCGCGGGGCUCCCCGGUCUGCAAAGCAGCACGCCCGACAACCCGUAUCGAAGAUGAGACACCGCGUGCUCGGAUGUUUAUUUGAGUUCGACGGGGAUAUGGCGUAAAGGCGAGCGAUAUUUCAGCUUUCGGAUGCAGCUAGGCGUUUUCUCAGGAGAACAAUUUUUUGCAAAUGUGAUAUAUCCUGUGGUAGAAUAUUUUGUACCGUUUGUUAUGCGAAUAGUCGCUUGUUGUCGAGAGAUUCCGUUUUGCUGGGAAUCCGGUUGACGGCAGUUCUGCAGCUCAUUGAGAUUCGGCGUUUGCUCAACUCAAGGGUCUAAUCGAUCUGCCAAAGCUUAGGCCUAAGUCUCUAUUGAACCGAGCGAUUAUAGGCCACCUUGCAUGGGAAAACUAGACAAUAUGAGGACCAGGACGUUGAU